AUGAGGCGCAACUUCGGGGACGAUGAAUUACAACGCCUUUACAAAAAAGCGGAGUUUGAUAGAGAGGACAAGGAGGUAAAGAAAAUCGAGAAAAGAAUUAGAAGUUUAGUUGACGAAAUCUCUGUCUAUAUAGGCCGAAAGGAUCCACUUUUUAAAAACUUUGUAAUCCCCAGCGGAAGUUUUUAUGAAGAUCUUAAAGUCGAAGGACCCGAUGAAUUCGAUUUUAUGAUUUGUUUAGAGCAGCUUUCCUCUCCUGGUGUUUGUGUUACGAAGGAUAUUCCCAUGAGACCGGUCCCCGAUCCCGGCUACGUUGAUGUUCAGGUGUCCAACGCAGUUUAUCGCAAUCGGUGGAAAAGCUACCUUUCCAAGCGAGAAAAUCGCAAACCCGAUGUUCUCUUGAAAAGAUUCAAACAACUCAUCGAGGAAGCCAUAGAUAAGCGAAAGCAGUCUUCCAGGGAUGAGUUAGAUGAAUAUGUCAAUAUUCAGCUCAGAAAAAUCCCGAUAACGAUCAAGGUUACAUGGCAUGGCAAGGAGUACUCGAACUUUGAAAUAGCCGUCGAUUUAACUUUGUGCAUCAAAAUGUCAGGAUGGCCCGACGCAUCAGACAUAUCGACACGAGUGAACAGGGGGCACCCUGGCUAUGAAGCAUUCAGAAAGGCUGUCGCAGAGGGUUAUCAUCUUGUGGCUUCUACCAUUGGAGAGUCUGGGAAGCAUCGGCCAUGUUGGCGUUUAUCUUUUUCAAUACCGGAAGGAGUUAUACUCAAACACAUCUUUAAGAGUCCGAACCUCGUUCACAAGGCGACGCUUAAGGUUCUCAAGGUAUUGUGGAAGGAAAAUGAAGAUUCCUUACUUCUCCUUGAACAGCCCGACGAAGGAUCUUUCAGCAUAACAUGGGUGUUUCAUUCGUACGUAUUAAAAACAAUGUUCUUACACGAAUGGACUCAAUUUCCGGAAGAUUCAUAUUGGACGAAAGAUCAACUACGAGAAAGAAUCAAGGGCAUUUUAGAAAGGAUUCAGAGUAGUGUGGCUAGCAAAGACAUUCGCAGUUUCUGGGUUCCAGGUUAUAAACUUUUUAAUUUCCGAGCAAGAAAAGCAACGAACACGAAGAGUUGUGUGGAUAACCUUGCCAGUCUCUUGAAAAAAUGUAAAUUUUCGUAA